AUGAAUAGACAUAACUAAAUGGCAAUUAGAGCGUCCUUAAAAAAAGCUCUGUUUAAUGACAAGAAAAGAAAUGCAGGCUUGAAUUAAGGCCGCUCAAAUUAAUCUCCUUCUAUUCCCAACAAUUAACCUAGAGCUAUAAAUUAAUAAUUUAGACAUUUUAGCGAUGUUUAUGAAUAUGGGAAUGAAUAAAUAGGCGAGGGAGCCCAUGGAAUUGUUAAGAAAUACUACAAAAGAGAUGCAAAUAUCAAUAAUGAAGCUUAAGACAGAAUUGCAUAUGCUGUGAAAGUAUUCAGAACUGGUGAUACGGAAGUAAUUAAUACAAUUAGAGAAACCUUCCACUUAAAUAGAGGGCUUAAUGAUCUUAAUUUUGUUGUAAAGGCACAUGACUUAUUUAUAAAUUCAAAAAAGGAGGAGCAUCAUCUUGUUAUGGAGUAUUGUCCAUAUCCUAGUCUAGAACAAAGAAUAGGAUCGUUCGGUGAAGAAGAUAUCCAAUAAAUCACUCUCAAUUUGGCUUAAUCAUUAUUUUCAUUGCAUUAGAGAGGUGUUUGCCAUAGAGAUUUAAAACCAGAUAAUAUACUUAUAGGAGAUUAAUUAACAAUCAAAUUGAUUGAUUUUGGAGUCUCCAAAAGAUUUUUAGUAAAAGGAAAAAUAACGAAAAAAAUAGAUAUGUGGACUAGAACUGGUUCAUUAUUUUAUUAAGCACCAGAAAUAUUUAUGGGAGGUGGAUAUGAUGAGAAAAUUGAUAUAUGGUCAGCUGGUAUAGUCUUGUAUCAACUAUUAUUUGGUUAAUUACCUUUUCAAUCAGAAACCAUCUUAGAUACAAUUGAAAUGAUUACUGACUCAAAAUUGAACUCUAUAUUCCUCAGUCAGCUAAAUCCUCUGAUUUAAGAUUUACUCAAAAGAUUAUUGGAAAAGGAUCCCAAUAAGAGACUAUCAGCUGAAGGAUUUGUUUUGCAUCCAUGGUUACAUACAACCUAAUAAAAAAAAUCAAAUAAGAGUUUCGAUGAUUGUGAUAUCAUAGAAACAAGAAAUAAUGAAAACAUAUUACAAACUUCUCAGAUUACCAUUUAAAGAUAGAAUUAUAGAUAUUAGAACCAAUUAAUUGUACCCAUCUAAGAAGAAAGAGAAUAAAGUUCUUUAAAAAAUAGUUGGAAUUGUUGGGAGAAUCAUGUUCACUAUGUUCCUCAAGAUGGUAUAAGAGUUCCUAAUCUUGAUAAUGGGUACGCGAAUUAGAAUGGCACAUCUUAAGAAUAAGUAAAUGAACAAAAGAGAAGUGAGGAUUUAACUGGUUUUUAAAUAGGAUUAGUGAGAACUUAUUCAGAGCAAUUUGAUUAACCAUGA